AUGACGAGGGCAGAGCGCAGGCUCAGAAUUACUUCAGGUUCUGACAUUCCAGAAGUCAAACCUCGUUCUUAUAAAGGCUGUGGUUGCUGGGGGAUCUACCAACCCGGAGCAGCUGGUCCUUUCGGUGUAGUUGAUAUUGGUAGCAGCACACAGACUGUUCCUAUUUCUUUUGGCGUAGUUGACCGCAGCAGCGGCGCCCCGGCUGGUACUUUCGUCCUAGGUGGUAACCUAGGUGGAGCUGGUCAGUUCCCGGGUGUUGGUUCAGCGUCUAAUCAAGCUGAUGGUUGUGGGACUUUCCCUGGGGUGACUACUACGUCUGGGGCUGCCGGUGUCGUGCCGGGGGCUGCCGGUGUCGUGCCGGGGACUGCCGGUGUCGUGCCGGGGGCUGCCGGUGUCGUGCCGGGUGCGUUCUCUAGCUUCGGUGGCGUGUCUGGCGAUGGCAGGGUGGGUUUCAUCUCGCUGCCUUCUCAGCAAGGUGCAACAUUCCUCGGAGGACAAGGCGUCUCCUUCACUGGCGGUCAGGUGUCUGGGCAGGCUGGUGUGUUCGGCGUCGGUCCCCAGAAAGGGUCUGGAUUUCCCUCCCGGGUCAUUCAGGAACAAGCAACUCUCACCCAAACUGUCAUUCGAGACGAAUUCCGGACCCUGACUGACCUGGUCUUGCACAGCGUGGCCGUCACCAGGACGCAGUUCUUGUUAGUCACUACGACUAGAGUCACUACAGUGGUCGUGCCCACGCCCGUUAACCACGCCCUCGCCAUCACCACGUCUGUUGUCGUUCGUUCUUCGUACGUCACUGUCACGGAAAUUAAAUCUGACUUCAGAGUUAAUGUGAGGAUCUUGACGGUUACGUCUCCAGUCAUCAGAACAGUUAUCAGCACGUCUGUGGAGGCUGUCACGAGCUACCACACUGCCACAAGCACUGUUUAUGUUCAUGGUGGAUAUAAUUAAAUAACUUUUCGAUUCUAGUCUGCUGUGUGUAGUCUAUUGUAAUAAGUGAUAAUAAUAAUAGUGUUGAUAACAAUAGAACUAUAUAAGCCUGGAGUAAUACAACUAUGUAAGCCUGCAAUAAUAUAACCAUGUAUGCCU